AUGUUGAACAUGUGGAAGGUGCGGGAGCUGGUGGACAAAGCCACCAAUGUGGUUAUGAAUUAUUCAGAGAUCGAGUCUAAGGUUCGAGAAGCCACGAAUGAUGAUCCUUGGGGACCUUCUGGGCAACUCAUGGGAGAGAUUGCCAAGGCCACAUUUAUGUAUGAACAAUUUCCAGAACUUAUGAAUAUGCUUUGGUCACGAAUGUUAAAAGACAACAAAAAAAAUUGGAGAAGAGUUUAUAAGUCAUUGCUGCUCCUAGCUUACCUCAUAAGGAAUGGAUCAGAGCGUGUUGUUACAAGUGCCAGAGAACACAUUUAUGAUUUGCGAUCCCUGGAAAAUUACCACUUUGUAGAUGAGCAUGGUAAGGAUCAAGGUAUAAAUAUUCGCCAGAAGGUGAAAGAAUUGGUUGAAUUUGCCCAGGACGACGACAGGCUUCGUGAAGAGCGAAAGAAAGCAAAGAAGAACAAAGAUAAAUAUGUUGGGGUUUCCUCAGACAGUGUUGGAGGAUUCAGAUACAGUGAAAGAUAUGAUCCUGAGCCCAAAUCAAAAUGGGAUGAGGAGUGGGAUAAAAACAAAAGUGCUUUUCCAUUCAGUGAUAAAUUAGGUGAACUGAGUGAUAAAAUUGGAAGCACAAUUGAUGACACCAUCAGCAAGUUCCGGAGGAAAGAUAGAGAAGACUCUCCAGAAAGAUGCAGCGACAGUGAUGAGGAGAAGAAAGCAAGAAGAGGCAGAUCUCCCAAAGGUGAAUUCAAAGAUGAAGAGGAGACUGUGACGACAAAGCAUAUCCAUAUCACACAAGCCACAGAGACCACCACAACCAGGCACAAGCGCACAGCAAAUCCUUCCAAAACCAUUGAUCUUGGAGCGGCAGCACAUUACACAGGGGACAAAGCAAGUCCAGAUCAGAAUGCUUCAACUCAUAUGCCUCAGUCUUCAGUUAAGACUUCAAUGCCUAGUAGCAAGUCAUCCGGUGACCUUGUUGAUCUGUUUGAUGGCCCCAGCCAAUCAACAGGAGGAUCAGCUGAUUUAUUUGGCGGAUUUGCUGACUUUGGCUCAGCUGCUGCGUCAGGCAAUUUCCCUUCCCAAGUAACUACAAGUGGGAAUGGAGAGUUUGGUGAUUGGAGUGCCUUCAACCAAGCCUCGUCAGGCCCUGUUGCUUCCAGUGGUGAGCUCUUUGGCAGUGCCUCACAGCCGGCUGUAGAACUUGUCAGUGGCUCACAACCACCUUCAGGUCCAUCUCCAGCUGCCUCAAAUUCUUCAGACCUAUUUGAUCUUAUGGGCUCAUCCCAGGCAACUAUGACCUCUUCUCAGAGUAUGAAUUUCUCUAUGAUGAGCACUAAUACUGUAGGGCUGGGUUUGCCCAUGUCAAGAUCACAGCCUUUGCAAAAUGUUAGCACAGUGCUGCAGAAGCCUAAUCCUCUCUAUAAUCAGAAUACAGAUAUGGUCCAGAAGUCAGUCAGCAAAACCCUGCCCUCUACUUGGUCUGACCCCAGUGUAAACAUCAGCCUAGACAACUUGCUACCUGGUAUGCAACCUUCCAAACCCCAGCAGCCAUCGCUCAAUACAAUGAUUCAACAACAGAAUAUGCAGCAACCUAUGAAUGUGAUGACCCAAAGUUUUGGAGCUGUGAACCUCAAUUCUCCAUCAAACAUGCUUCCUGUCCGGCCCCAAAGUAGCCCUUUGAUGGGGGGACCCAUGCCUAUGAGCAUGCCCAAUGUGAUGACUGGCACCAUGGGAAUGGCCCCUCUUGGAAAUACUCCGAUGAUGAGCCCGAGCAUGAUGGGCAUGAACAUGAACAUAGGGAUGUCAACUGCUGGGAUGGGCCUGACGGGCACAGUGGGAAUGGGCAUGCCCAACUUAGCUAUGACUUCUGGAACUGUGCAACCCAAGCAAGAUGCCUUUGCAAAUUUCGCCAACUUUAGCAAAUAA